AUGCCGGCCUUGGAGCUAGGACAAUCCAUCCCGCCAGAUACUGCCCAUGCAGUGAGCGUCCAGCUUCCUACGUGGAGGGCGAACGUCGGGUACGAGGAGGGAGAGUCAUGGGUCGUCGAUAAGAUGACAACCGGAUAUCCCAGGAGCAUCGUGGCCCUGGCUGAAGACCUGGUUACCCAGCAUGGCUCCUCUGGUCAGAAGGCCAUGCUGUUCCCCACCCUUCGUUCUGCGAGAAGGUGCCUAGCCUUUGUAAAGAAACACGCAGAUGCCUCAAUUGCUGCUGAUACUAGUGUCAUUGAUUUCGAGCUGGACAUGACCAAGGACAUCUCGCCGCUCUUGCGCUCAUUGUCACCAACUGUUUCUGCCGUAGUGUAUACCCCCGAGGUUUUUCCCUUUGCCAAACAAUACUGGCAGCAUACGGGAGACGGAAUUUCAAGCCGGAGGGCCGAGUUUUGCCACGGUCUAUUGAGGGAGGGCCUCCUUGUUCCCGUGGAAAGGCCUCAUUCUCCCGUGGGAAAAGCGCGCAGAGGCCCAAAGAGAUACCAACGCACGUCUUCCAUCGACGACACCAAAAUGGCUCAUCACCCCGCAGCCAGGUCGGAUCCUCACAGUGCGUCUGAAACGAUGGAAAGCCUGCGCUUCCUCGAGGAGCGCUUUGGCCGCAACCUCGACCUGUCCCUCGUCGAGCGUGCUAGGUCUGCCAUCAAGCGUAGAAUUGCCGGCGCCAUAGCGGCCGACGUGGAGGCCAGCAUCAGUUCACUGCCUCCCAUGGGAGACAACGCCAGAAAUCAGAAAGAUCUCCAAGAGAGCGACGUAUACCUUUUUCCCUGCGGCAUGAACGCCAUCUACAACGCCCACCGGGCCAUGUUGUGCGCCAGGGGGGAUCUGCAGUCUGUCAACUUCGGCUUCCCCUAUGUCGAUACGCUGAAGAUUCUGCAGAAGUUUGGCCCUGGCUGUCUUUUCUACGGACGCGCUUCAGAGAAGGAUCUCGACGACCUCGAAAAGCGUCUAAACGGUGGCGAGCGCUUCUUGGCGCUUUUCUGUGAAUUUCCCGGCAACCCUCUCCUGACUUGCCCGAACCUGGCGCGCAUCCGCACGCUUGCAGACAGGUACGGUUUCGGUGUCGUCGUCGACGAGACUAUCGGCAGCUUCAUCAAUAUCGACGUGCUACAAUACGCCGACAUCGUCGUGAGCAGUCUGACCAAAAUUUUCUCGGGCGACUGCAACGUCAUGGGUGGCAGCGCCAUCCUGAAUCCAAGCGGCAAGUACUAUCAGGCCCUGAAGCGUGCGUGGGCCGAAGACCUGGAAGACACGUACUGGCCAGAGGACGUCGUUUUCAUGGAACGUAAUAGUCGCGACUUUGCAUCGCGUAUUGAACGCAUCAACGAGAGUUCCGAGACCAUUUGCGACAUCCUCUCGGCUCACCCGCUGGUAAAGUGCGUUUACUACCCAAGAGUUAACCCGACAAGAGCCAACUACGACCUCUGCAAGUUGCCUGCUGGGGGCUAUGGCGGGCUUCUCUCGGUCACGUUCCAUAAGACGGCCCACGCCAUUACAUUCUUCGACGCCCUUGAGACGGCCAAGGGCCCGAGUCUGGGUACAAACUUCACUCUGACUUCGCCCUAUGUGCUACUAGCGCACUACCAAGAGCUCGACUGGGCUGCCGGGUUGGGUGUUGAUCCGGACCUCAUUCGAGUCAGUGUCGGUCUAGAGGAGACAGACGAGUUGCAGAAGAUUUUCACGAGUGCUCUUGAAGCAGUUGAAAAAUCUCAAGAUGCUUGA